GCUGAAGAAACAAGCUCUGCAGCUAAACCUGUUGUCACUUGGGCUACACGUUUCAGAGGCUAGAGAUGGAAACUGGUCAUACUAGAGUUGUUCUCACUAAAAUAUUUGGCAACCAGUAAGUUUGCACAAGUCUCUGGGCUGGAGAGUAAGCAGUUAUUGUGAAGCUCGGUUUAAAUGUUUGUGUAAACAUGGAAGGUUGGAUCAGAUUGUGUUUUUUGUUUAUUAGGUCUUGAAUGCGUAAUUCAUCAAGGAUUUCAAGCGAUUGAUAUCAAAGUGUUAAUGAUGUCAAGUUUCAGAGUUCGACUAAGAAAAUUCAGGAUUUAAUAGAAUUGAAAGAAACGAUCUGCCUGCUUUAUGGAGCUUGUAGCCUACAGCUGGCUAGCAGCGUCCGCUUGCGCGCCUCUGGUAGCGGUCUUGUCCUUAUGGACAGUUUAUAUCUUCCACACGUACAGACGGCGUUGGCGGACAGUGGAUUUGUUCCUUCUGGCAGUUGGAACUCAAGAAUUAGUGACUGCUCUCUUCGCUUUUGGUUUUGCCGUUCUAAGUUUAGUUAUUCCAAGAACUGGGCCUCCUUGUAGCUUCAUUCUUUGGGGAUUAACUGCCACCAGGACCUUUCAAGUUGCCACUCUAGCUUCUCUAGUAGUAGACAGGGCUUUGACUGUGCGUUGGCCAUACAAAUAUCGUUUCAGCGUCCGUCGUAAUCAGAUAAGAUAUCACAUAGCAGUUUUGGCAGUCAUCGCUGUAUUUGUCGGCGUAGCGGCCGUGUUUGCUCGUUCACCUGACAAGAAUCAACAGUAUGAAUGUUCUGUGCAUCCUCUAGAAUGGGAUCGCCGGUUUUCCAUCUUCAACAUCUGUCUCCACGGUGUUCUUAUGAUUACCGUACUAGUAUGCUGCUUCGACGUGGAACUGCACCGUUGUCGGGCUCGCCGCCGCAGGCUGCCCUUCUCCGUGCCGUCGCCGGGAACCGAGUGUGCUACAGGAACAGCCAGCAGCGGUAGUGUUACCAGCAGCUCCAGCGGAAGUACUCGGCCAUUGCACGGCCCUGGUCGGCAAGAGUCGCACCGACCGUAUAGCCCUGAUCGACCCAGCUCUGACUUCCGGUGGACUGCUGUAGCGGUUGUUUCAUCUUUGUGUUACCUUACCAAUCAUUUGCCGUACUUGGCCCUCAACGUUCUUGGUAUAGCAUUGCCGUCUUUUUGGUCUAAAUGGCACGAGAAUGUGAUUCUGUGGCUCAGACUAGCUGAAGGUUUACUGGUCCCGCUGCUCUUUUAUCUGACGGAUUCUCCCCAUCGAGCAGCCUUAAGGAGGGCCUUCCAGCGGAGGAGUGGCAAGUUUUCGGAUUUUGGGGACGAUAGCCGUUAUCGAAUCUACUUAGAAGACGCCUUAGAAGUACAGAUGAAGCCUAGCCCCUUUGGUUCUGUCACUCCAGUCGGAAUAAUCACCAACUACCGGAGAAAGGAAAAACAUGAACAGGCACAAUCGCAGAAGAAGAAUCGUUGGAAGGCAGAACCGAAAAAACCCGUGUUUCCUAGCAUUUACGGAAUAGAUACCAUUCUGAAUCCGUCUCAUUUUAAAAAUAAUAACUUGCAAAUGGUCGUACAGACUAAGCCUCAGCCAGAGAAGGAUGAUACGUGUUCUAUGACGAAACAUGGCAGCAGCCAGAUGAGCAUGGGUACCUGGAGAGAUGAUGACACCCAUAUUUAUGCAACUCUCUCUGAUAAUUUCAGCUGUUUAAGCUACCAGUCUAGUCUACCAGACGGUAGUGUCUUUGGCUUCAGUUAUGCAGAACCCGAGGAGGAAACUUACGGUGGUUCUUUUACUACCAUUGCCAAUGACGACUUUGAGUUUCAUGACACGCGCCCCAGAGCCGCGGAAAUGCUCAUGCGUGCCAAUAAUGCUAAUCUUAAGAUCGAGUCCGCAUCAGAAUUCUCAGGUUCAGAGUCCGAAGAAGAAAUCUAUAGAUCUCCUGAAAGUGAGAUCAGGCCGAAUGAAAAUGACACUUCCUCUGAUAGUGUGAAAGAUUUAGUGAUACAAAUCAAUUCGCCAAGUGAUUCUUGUUCUGGCAAAGAUAAUUCUGAAUUUGAAAAGGUUAUUUAUAAAACAAGACACCAGUCUGCUGAUGAUAUUCCAUUCCACAUCUACCGAGUCAGGACUGAAGAAUUGUGCAAGAAUGCUUUACCCCGGUCUCGAAAUACUUGGUUUUCAAUGAAUGAUAUUGACCGUAUUGACUACAAAAAUGACUCAACCGACUGCGAGUCGGAGGUGGCCACCUUUGCGGCUCCAAUGAAGAGUGAGUCCACGCUGUCGUUGGACAAGGUAUCCAAACCUUGUGUCAGUACUCAAGUUAAAUCAGUAAGUGAAUCAAAUCUGUUCUGGGAAAAAAAAUUAGAUGAACUUCACCCCAGAGGGUCCUUUCAAGAAGAACACUUUAGUAGUGAAGGAAAGCUUCUCGAGGCUGUGUGUAAGAACAAAAGAUCAUCUUUGGUGUUCGGUCGAGGUAGCCAUGUGAGAAAAGUCAAAAAACGUAAAACAAAGACUAAACAAAAUCAUGGUCGUAAGCGGUCUUCUCGGAAAUCUUUAGAAGAAUUGGGGAUCGAUUUAAAUGGAAUGUAUCUUUCGGACAUUGGUAAUCGUUCAGGCCCUGUGCUAAAUGAGGAAUACAUGCGACCAGUUGAUGCUCUUUACAACUCUUCUUCCGAAGAGGACAAUGUACGGAACUGUGUUCGAAGCAGAAAAAAAGGGGACAGUUUAAAAUCAGCGCAAAAAACAGCGUUUAUUUGAAUAAAUUAACCACCAUCUUAUCCAUCUUACAACAUACGCAGUCAGAAUGACAGCUGGUAAGGAAAACUUGGCUAAGUCUCCAGUCAAGUCAAGAAGUAUUGUCUCGUGAACUUGGUAAAAGAUUGAGAUUAUAGAUUAUUAUAAAGUAUAUUUAUAACAUAGAGCAUAAAGGACACUUGAUAAAACGAAAUUAUUGGGGCUUUACAAUAAAAUGUUAAUUUUCAUCUUGGUUUGGGUCAAACAUGAAGUAUUGUUGUGCGAGCAUUGUUCUUCGUCAAGAGUACAACAAUAGAAAUAUAUUUCCACUCGUACUCUAUAAAUAAAAAACAAAUCAUUCUUCAUAGAUUACACAUUACAAAUGAUAUCACUAACACAACUAAAAAAUCGGGGAUCUUAGCUUUAGGAACAUCAGUUUCAGAAGGCAACUUAUAAUGUAAUUUACUCGCGAGAAUACCUUAACGAUAAGGUUUAUGCCUAUUUUAGAGACAAGACAUUGACUUUUUAAAACAGAAAAUUUUCACUCGACUUCCUGACAACUGCAUUAUCUGUUAAACUAAACGUUCGAAUACCUGACACCUGCAUUCUUUAUUAUUUGUUAAAGUAAAAAGCCAAAUAAAGCUUUUUAGCGUAAUUGUUAGCUUCUCACUGCAUUAUCUGUUCAAAUGUAAAACCGCAGCAAUAAAGAUUAUUUGACUAUAUGACAGACGAAUGGUUAAUUUAUUAUCUGUUAAAAAAAUUCCAACAAUGUUUAUUCGACUACCUAACAUUUGUACACUGUAUAAACUGACCCCCACCCCCAAAGUAUCUUCAACUACUGCAUACUGCACUGUCUGUUAAAAAAAUCAAAAGUGAAGUUUCAUCAACUAUCUGACAGCUGUAUGUUGCGUUAUUUGUUAAUCAACUCCCUGACAGCUGUAUUUAUUUGUUAAUCGACUAUCUGAGAGCUGUAGUAUCUGUUGACGUAAAUCUAUCUUUGACUAUCUGACAACUAGACAUUACAUUAAACGUUAAACUGAAUCCAACAAUGAAGUGCUUUGACACUUGACAAGUGCACAUUAGUAUGUUGAACAAAACUAAAAUAUUAUGAAGUUUUUUUACUAUCUGACAUGUGAAUACUCAAGCAACUAGUAAGUUAAAACCCGAAAAUAUAGCGUCUUUGACUACUUGAUAUCUAUACCCUGCAUUAUCUUGGAAGCUAACUCAUAAAAUAAUAUUUUAUCGACUAUCUUAUUUACAUUACCAAGAGUAAAUUAACUAAUUAUUAAAAUUACUGAAUUAUAUGAUUAUA